CACGCAGUAUAAAAGCCUGUUUGUUGACGUCACUGGCCUCUUCCCUGCCUGUUCCCUCGUGUGGUGGGCAGUGUAAAAAUCCCUUCUCUAAUUCCCCCACUAAGUGAAUCCAAAAGCAUCCGUCAAGAUGGUGAACUUCACUGUAGAUCAGAUCCGCACCAUCAUGGACAAGAAAGCCAACAUCCGCAACAUGUCUGUGAUUGCACAUGUUGACCAUGGCAAGUCCACCCUGACAGACUCGUUGGUGUCAAAGGCAGGUAUCAUUGCCUCAGCUCGUGCUGGAGAGACCCGUUUCACAGACACCCGCAAAGAUGAACAGGAACGCUGUAUUACCAUAAAGUCUACAGCCAUCUCCCUGUUCUACGAGUUGAGUGAAAAUGACUUGGCCUUCAUUAAGCAGUCCAAGGAUGGAUCUGGCUUUUUGAUCAAUCUGAUAGACUCUCCAGGCCAUGUGGACUUUUCUUCUGAAGUAACUGCUGCUCUCCGUGUGACUGAUGGGGCUCUGGUUGUAGUAGACUGUGUGUCUGGCGUUUGUGUGCAGACUGAGACAGUACUCCGACAGGCCAUUGGUGAACGCAUCAAACCGGUCCUGAUGAUGAAUAAGAUGGACCGUGCCUUGUUGGAGCUGCAGCUUGAACCUGAAGACCUUUACCAGACUUUCCAGCGCAUCGUUGAGACUGUCAAUGUUAUCAUCUCUACCUAUGGUGAAGAUGAAGGUGGACCCAUGGGCAACAUCAUGAUUGAUCCAGUUGUUGGUACUGUUGGCUUUGGCUCUGGACUCCAUGGCUGGGCUUUCACACUCAAGCAAUUUGCCGAGAUGUACACAGCAAAAUUUGCUGCCAAGGGUGGCAACACUCAGAUGACCCCAGCUGAACGCUGUAAAAAAGUGGAAGACAUGAUGAAGAAGCUGUGGGGUGAUAGGUAUCACGAUACAGCAAGUGGAAAGUUCAGCAAGUCUGCUAUUGCAGCAUCUGGCAAGAAACUUGAUCGUACCUUUGUUGCUCUUGUUCUUGAUCCCAUUUUCAAGGUGUUUGAUGCCAUAAUGAACUUCAAGAAGGAGGAGACAGCCAAAUUGAUAGAGAAGCUGGAUAUCAAACUUGAUGCUGAUGACAAGGAAAAGGAGGGCAAGCCUCUCCUUAAAGCUGUGAUGCGUCGCUGGUUGCCUGCUGGGGAAGCCCUGCUACAAAUGAUUACCAUCCAUCUCCCUUCUCCUGUGACUGCCCAGAAGUACCGCUGUGAGCUGCUCUAUGAAGGACCUGGGGAUGAUGAGGCUGCCAUGGGUAUCAAGAACUGUGACCCCAAGGGACCCUUGAUGAUGUACAUCUCCAAGAUGGUCCCCACAUCAGACAAGGGACGCUUUUAUGCUUUCGGCCGUGUGUUCUCUGGGUGUGUGUCUACUGGCCAGAAAGUGCGUAUCAUGGGACCAAAUUUUGUUCCUGGAAAGAAGGAUGACCUCUACUUGAAACCCAUUCAGAGGACCAUAUUGAUGAUGGGUCGUUAUGUUGAGCCCAUUGAAGAUGUGCCCUGUGGUAACAUUGUGGGCCUGGUUGGAGUGGACCAGUACCUUGUCAAAACGGGAACAAUCACAACCUUUGAUCAAGCACACAACAUGAGAGUCAUGAAAUUUAGCGUCAGCCCUGUGGUGAGAGUGGCUGUGGAGGCCAAAAACCCUGCUGACCUACCUAAGCUGGUAGAGGGUUUGAAGAGGUUGUCUAAGUCUGAUCCCAUGGUGCAGUGUGUCAUUGAAGAGUCUGGAGAGCACAUUAUUGCUGGAGCUGGUGAGCUGCAUCUGGAGAUUUGUUUGAAGGAUCUGGAGGAGGACCAUGCUUGCAUUCCGCUCAAGAAAUCUGACCCAGUGGUGUCCUACAGAGAGACAGUCAGUGCAGAGUCCAGUAUAAUGUGUUUGUCAAAGUCUCCAAACAAGCACAACCGCCUGUUCAUGAAGGCUCGUCCUUUUGAAGAUGGGCUUGCAGAAGACAUUGAAAAAGGGGAAGUCACUGCUCGCCAAGAGCUCAAAGCCCGUGCACGCUAUCUUGCUGACAAGUAUGAGUGGGAUGUCUCUGAGGCUCGAAAGAUCUGGUGCUUUGGUCCUGAUGGAACUGGUGCAAAUCUGCUAGUGGAUGUUACCAAGGGAGUGCAGUACCUUAAUGAAAUCAAAGACAGUGUUGUGGCUGGCUUCCAGUGGGCAACGAAGGAGGGUGUCCUUUGUGAGGAAAACAUGCGUGCAGUUCGCUUUGACAUCCAUGAUGUGACCCUGCAUACUGAUGCCAUUCAUCGUGGCGGGGGCCAGAUAAUUCCCACAGCUCGCAGGGCAUUGUAUGCCUGUGAGCUCACAGCUGAUCCUAGAAUUAUGGAGCCAGUCUACCUGGUGGAAAUCCAGUGUCCAGAAUGCGCCAUCGGUGGAAUCUAUGGGGUGUUGACCAGGAGGCGUGGUCAUGUGUUUGAAGAGUACAGAGUCAUGGGAACACCGAUGUAUAUCGUGAAGGCCUACUUGCCUGUCAAUGAGUCAUUUGGUUUCACAGCUGACCUGCGCUCCAACACUGGUGGUCAGGCCUUCCCGCAGUGUGUAUUUGACCACUGGCAGAUCCUCCCAGGAGACCCAUUAGAUGCUGCAACCAAGCCUGGUAUAGUCGUCACUGAAACACGCAAGCGCAAAGGGCUCAAAGAAGGUGUCCCUGCUUUGGAUAACUACCUGGACAAGUUGUAAAAGGACACUGCUUGGAUCGUGCCUCAUUUCACUUACCAACACAUCUGGCUUACAUUGUGAGGCAUAACUGUACAGAACAGUGAACAUGUUUACCUAAAGGAU